CCCAGGACCCCACAGCGACCACCGGAGGCCGCUACCUGCAUGAAUGGAUGGACAGUGUUUGAUCAAAGAUUUUGAGACACGGCCAUCAGUGAUCCACCUGCUGGAGCACCCCUUUAUCAAGCAGGCACACGGGAAAGAUAUGGCUCUACGGCAACAGCUGGCUGCCCUCAUCCGUGAGCAGCAAGAAAUGGGGAACAGGAUCAAGACAAAGCAAGAGAGACUCAAUACAUGCAAAACACUUAGAGUGCAAAGCUGUCCCAACGAUGAUAUGGUAAAUCUGGAACAAUUAGAUGAGGAAAUACUCAUCUCCCAUCUGCAGAGGAGAUAUGAGGACUUGCAGAUUUACACAUAUAUUGGGGACAUCUUGAUUGCUCUCAAUCCUUUCCAAAACCUCAGCAUCUACUCACCACAGUUCUCUAGGCUGUACCAUGGGAUGAAGCGCAUGUCAAAUCCACCACAUAUCUUUGCAACAGCAGACGCAGCAUAUCAGGGCAUGGUGACCUUCUGUAAAGACCAGUGCAUCAUUAUCAGUGGGGAGAGUGGUGCUGGGAAGACUGAAAGUGCCCACCUGAUUGUCCAGCAUCUUACCUUCCUGGGAAAGGCAAAUAACCGCAUGCUGAGAGAAAAGAUCCUGCAGGUGAACCCCCUGGUGGAGGCAUUUGGAAAUGCCUGCACAGCCAUCAAUGACAACUCUAGCCGCUUUGGCAAAUACCUGGAGAUGAAGUUCACUCCCACAGGGGCUGUGAUGGGGGCCAAGAUCUCUGAGUACCUGCUGGAGAAGUCUAGAGUCAUCAAACAAGCCACGGGAGAGAAGAAUUUCCAUAUUUUUUAUUACAUCUAUGCUGGACUUUAUCACCAAGAGCAACUCAAGGAAUUUAGACUGCCAGAGAAGACACCUCCAAGAUAUAUUGAUAAUGAACAUGGAAAAGUGGUUCAGGACAUUGUCUCCAGCAAACUCUAUAAGGAGCAGUUUGUUGCCAUAGAGCACUGCUUCCGCAUCAUCGGAUUCACUGAAGAGGAGGUAAAUUCAGUGUACCAAAUCCUUUCUGCCAUCUUGAACACUGGGAAUAUUGAAUUUUCUGUCCUUACAUCUCAACACCAGACUGAUAAAAGUGAAGUGCCUAAUUCUGAAGCUUUAGAGAAUGCUGCUGCUCUCCUCAGCAUCGGCUCAGAGGAGCUGCAGGAGGCACUGACGUCCCACUGUGUGGUGACACGGGGUGAGACCAUUAUCCGCAGCAACACCGUGGACAAAGCCACUGAUGUGCGCGAUGCUAUGUCCAAGGCCCUGUAUGGGCGCCUUUUCAGCUGGAUUGUCAACCGCAUAAAUGCCCUGCUGCAACCUGAUAAUAACAUCUGUGUUGCAGACAGUGGGAUGAAUGUGGGCAUCCUGGACAUCUUUGGUUUUGAGAACUUCAAGAAGAACUCCUUUGAGCAGCUGUGCAUCAACAUUGCCAAUGAGCAGAUCCAGUUCUACUUCAACCAGCACAUCUUUGCACUUGAGCAGAUUGAGUACCAGAGUGAGGGGGUGGAUGCCAGCCUUGUGGAAUAUGAGGACAACCGUCCCAUCCUUGACAUGUUCCUACAGAAGCCCAUGGGCCUACUUUCCCUGCUGGAUGAGGAGAGUCGAUUCCCCCAGGCCACCGACCAGACCCUCGUAGAUAAGUUUGAGGACAAUCUACGCUACAAGUAUUUUUGGAGACCAAAACGUGUUGAGCUUUGCUUUGGAAUUCAGCAUUAUGCAGGAAAGGUCUUGUACAACGUUGAUGGCUUCCUGGAGAAGAACCGGGACACUCUGCCUGCUGAUAUUGUUGUGGUGCUGAGAGCCUCUGAGAACAAACUGCUGCAGCAGCUGUUCUCCAGCCCAUUAACAAAAACAGGUAACCUGGCUACAUCACGAGCAAGAGUCACUGCAGCCUCAAGGUCGCUACCACCCCAGCUUAACACAGGACGCAAUAAGGUGGACACCAUGGAGAUUAUGAGACACCCUGAAGAGACUACCAACAUGAGAAGACAGACCGUGGCAUCCUACUUCCGCUUCUCCCUGAUGGACCUCCUGUCUAAAAUGGUAAUGGGCCAGCCCCAUUUUGUGCGCUGCAUAAAGCCCAAUGAUGACAGACAGGCACUCUGCUUCUGCAAGGAGAGAGUUAUGGUGCAGUUGCGGUACACUGGCAUCCUGGAGACUGUGGACAUCCGCCGGCAAGGAUACUCCCACCGGAUACACUUUGAAGAGUUUGUAAAGAGGUAUUACUACCUGGCUUUCCGGGCUCACCAAAUGCCAGACAUCAGCAGAGAGAAUACUAUUGCCAUCCUGGAGCAGGCAAAACUCGACAACUGGGUGUUGGGGAAGACCAAGGUCUUCCUGAAGUACUACCAUGUGGAGCAGCUGAACUUGCUGCUGAGAGAGGUGAUUACAUGGGUGGUGGUGAUGCAGGCCUACACCAAGGGCUGGUUGGGGGCACGGCGCUACCGCAGAGAGAGAGAGAAGAGGACCCAUGGAGCCAUCAUCAUCCAAUCAUCUUGGAGAGGUUAUAUUGCCCGUCAAAAUCUCAAACAAAUAAAAAAGGAGAGAGAAAAGGCUGCUGUCUGCAUACAAUCGGCUUACAGGGGGCACCAUGUCCGUAAAGACUGUCCUGUCCAGAAGUACAGUGUUAAUCCUGCAAAAGGUCCCCAGCUAUUAUCCAGUACCAUGGAUACAAGUGACGAGCCAGCAAGGCUUGACCUCACAUUCAGAUGCAACUCUGUCACUGAUCCCAUGAAGCAAAGCCCACAAAUACAAAAGGUUGCUUCUGACAGUCAAGACAUACAAGUCAAAGAUGACGGGAGAGACAAAAGGAGUGCAGAAGGAGACACUGUGAAGUUCAGCAUGGAGACAGGCAACAUGCGAGAUGCUCAGUGUAAAGAAGGUCUGUUGUUGAAGCUGCAGCAGCGUACCCCACGCCGAAGAGGCCAGCAGCCCAAGCUGCUAAAUAGCCCUGAGGACAGCCUGUACUACAACCAGCUAAAUAGAACUUUGGAUUACCAGGGGAGCAAAAGAAAGCCGAGAAAACUUGGCCAAAUCAAAGUGCUGGAUGGAGAGGAUGAGUACUACAAAUUACUGUCAGCUGAGGAAGACAGCUCGACUGGUCCCUCUCCCACCUUUUCAAGAGGGCCAGUCCUCGCUCAGAGCUGAGCUCCUGUUAGUGUGGUUGCGUUCUCUGAAGCCUAUGUCUACCAGAAAAGGAAGAGAUUUUUGAAUAGGCCCACAUGCCUGUUUCCAACAAUAAAGGAAUUCUGGUUUACAUUAUAGUUCGUUCAUGGCUGAGAUUAUGCAGAAAAGUUAGUUAAGUAAAGUUAGUUUGUGAAAGGGAUUAUGCAGUUAAUUUUGUUUAAAAACACAAUGUCGCUAAUAGAAUUUGUGCAAAGAAUUAAAAGAUUAGUAUUUGACACAAUGUGAAACAUACGUAAUAAAAACAUUUUUUUCAUUGUUGUAGAAGUGUAUAUUUAGGUUUUU